UCUAGGACGAAUGUGUGGAGUUCACAUCGACCCCAAGAAAAUCGAAGCCGUGCGUACGUGGAAGACACCCGAGAACGUCAAGGAGUUACAACAGUUCCUUGGCUUCGCUAACUACUACAACAGGUUCGUGCCACAAUACGCGAAGAUCACCACGCCACUCACAAAUCUGCUAAAGAAGAACACGACCUAUAGAUGGGAGCCACAACACCAGGAAGCCAUGGAGCAGCUGAAAGAAGCACUCACAUCCGCACCUGUACUCAUCUUGCCAGACCCCGAACGCGACUACGUCAUCGAAGCUGACGCCAGCGACCAGGCAGUGGGAGCAGUCUUGAUGCAAGAUCAGGGGAAUGGCCUGCAACCAAUCGCCUACCUCAGCAAAAAAUUACAUGGAGCGGAACUCAACUACCCGAUACACGACAAGGAGGCCCUUGCUAUCAUCAUCACCUUCAAAAUGUGGAGAUGUUAUCUCGAAGGGCGCAAGACGACAGUCUACACCGACCAUUGCAGCCUAAAAUAUUUGAAGACGCAACCAAGCCUCUCCAUGCGGCAGCUCCGGUGGAUUGACUUCCUCGAGACACACUUCCACUACGACAUCGUGUACAAGCCCGGCCAGAAAAACAAAGCAGACGCGCUUAGCCGGCCCGCACACGUUGCCGCUAUCCAAGUUGAAGGGAUGAAUCCACUCCUCCAGGGACUCCUCACACACGGCACGCACCGAGGAGACAGCACAACUCUUUGUUCGCUACAACAUGGCAUUCCAACCACACUCAUCUCGGACCGAGACCCUAAGUUUACCAGUAUAUUCUCGAAAGAACUGAUGUCUCUACUCGGGUUCAAACUCGCCAUGUCAUCCGCCUACCAUCCGCAAACAGAUGGACAGACCGAGCGCCUCAACCAAAUUGUGGAGCAACUCCUCCGCGCAGCCUGCAAGGACGACAUCUCCAAAUGGGACUUGCAUCUGCCCGUCCUGGAGUUUGCCUACAACAAUGCUACUCAUGCCGCAACUGGACAGACGCCAUCCUUCCUCUGUUACGGACGCCACCCACUCACACCUCAACAGCCAACCAUCCCAGCCACAAUCCAACCCGCUCAUGAUUUCGUCACGACCAUGCACAAACUUUAGGAUCGGACCCACAAGCACCUUC